UGUCGGCCCUCCGCGGCCGCGUUGAUGGUGGGGGCGGCUCUGCCUAGCGCGGGGGCAGGAAGGGAGGCGGCCACGGUGCCAUUCUUAAAGGGGCCCGAGGAAAGGCGAGAGAGUGCUGACGGCCGGAAGGAAAAUGAGUGAGUCUUUGGUGGUUUGUGAUGUUGCUGAAGAUUUAGUGGAAAAGCUGAGAAAGUUUCGUUUUCGCAAAGAAACAAACAAUGCUGCCAUUAUAAUGAAAAUUGAUAAGGAUAAACGUCUGGUGGUACUGGAUGAAGAGCUUGAGGGCAUUUCACCAGAUGAACUUAAAGAUGAACUACCUGAACGACAACCUCGAACCUUCAUUGUGUAUAGUUAUAAAUAUCAACAUGAUGAUGGAAGAGUUUCAUAUCCUCUUUGUUUUAUUUUCUCCAGUCCUGUUGGAUGUAAGCCUGAACAACAGAUGAUGUAUGCUGGGAGUAAGAAUAAACUAGUCCAAACCGCUGAACUAACCAAGGUAUUUGAAAUCAGAAAUACUGAAGACCUAACUGAAGAAUGGUUACGUGAAAAACUUGGAUUUUUCCACUAAUGUGAAGUCCUGUUUCUAAAGUAUUUAUGUAUUAACCUGACCGUACUGGAACCAGACAUAAAUACUUAUUUAUGCCUAAAAAUGCACUGUUACUUACAGUUUGUUUCCUGCAGUAAAGAAAAAUUCUUUGUUCAAAGUUUGAACAAAGAGGAAAUCAUCUUCAUAGUAACGAAACUUUGUAAAGUGUUUCCUUAUAUUUGUAAUUGUUAGGUGGACUACUUCUCUCCAGGGACUUUUUGCACUCUUGUGACUAAUUUCUAUAACUUAUGGUUCAGAAUUUGUUACUAUUUACAGACACCAUUGGAAAGUGGGUUUUAGAUUGUGAUAGACAACAGUUGCCUCCUUUUGACAAAUACUGGAUAUUAGCGGUUUAUAUAUGAAAAUGGCAUAUUAUCAACUUGUGAAAUCUUUGAAAUUAAGUUGGGGUAAAAGACGUGAGUGACCCAAUUUUGAGCCAUGAAUAAUAAUUUACUAUAGUGUAACUUGCAUAACAAGUACAUUUUUCAUCAAUCCUAUCUCUUCUUUGGUUUCCUGUAUCUUUUAAAUCAAGUCCAGAAGCUGUUCAUCAAUCGCUUGUUCUUAAGGUCUGGGAGUUAGGUUUUAUAAUAAUCAUGACUAUUCUUAUGGAAAAUAGCAUCUUACAAAUUGAUGGGUUGUAGCUAAUCAAGGGCUUCAUUCCAGGGUGUGUCGUUUCAGGAUAGUUUUGAAUCUAGGUUAAUAACACUUUAUUUAUAAAGCAACUCUCAGUGUUGUCCUGUGAAAACUAGUUCUUUUAAAUGUGUUAAUACUGUGCCUUUGAUUUAUUAGCUUUAAAGUUAGUUGAAGACUUUUACACUGCCAGUAUUCCAGAUUUGGUGAAAUUAAUACUUUUGUAAAGGGUCCAAGUAAAACAAUUUUCUAAUGUGUGUAUUUGAAAUUUGUAAUAAAAUUGAUUUCACAUUUUUAAAAUUCCAACUAUCCGCUUGCAUUAGUGAGUAUAUGGCAGUUGAGAGUCAUAAUUUUGGCAUAUUUGUGAUUAGUUUUGUGCCAUAGGAAAAAAUUACCUUAAAACCUUAGCCAUAGCUAAUAACAUUAAUACAUCAAUAGAAAUGAUAUCUUAUACCCUAAAUUUCAGAAUACAUUCUAAAUUGGACACCUGUCUUGUUAGAUGAUGGUAUCCUUGGCAAGGAUUCUAAUAUGUAGUGUACUUUAAAAAAACAAACAUGAGUACCUGUUUAACAUUAAUUUGAAAAAGGUCUUGAGACUCUAAAGACUAACAAAUUUGCUGAAUUCUUAUAUUAAGAAUAUCUUGGUUAUUUCAAAGCUAGCAAAGGCAUUUUUUUUAUGUUGGCAUAGUUUCCAUUCAUAUGUUCUUCACAUUUUUUUGAGGUUUCUGUGCCAACUUUAACAAAGGUAAAAAUAGUUGGAAUUUUCACAAUGUUGAAUAUAGAGCAUGGUCUGUUCCCAACACUGUUUGACAUCACUAAUCUAGAAACAGGAAGCAGUAGGAAGUUAGUUGGAGAUGAGGAUGUGCUAAAGUGGGUAUUUGUUUUGGUUGAUGAAUGGGAAGAAUUCUUUAUUCCAGUUUCCAGAGAGAGAGAGAGAGGGAGGGGACUUCACCCAUGAAGUUUAAGAAUUCUUUAAACAGCUAUUUUGAUAUUGGAGAAUAAUGCUUGUAAUUCUGCAGAAAUGCAAGUGUAAUCCAAGUGUGUGGAGACUGUUUUUAAUGUUUUGAAUGAAGGAAAUGAAAGUUUGUUUCACCUGGUCGCAGCAAUAAGAGAAACUAGUGCUGCAAGAAUGUAUUUUUUAUUGAGGUUCCUUAUUUUGUCUUGCACAUUUUAGUAUUUUUUAAUUUUUAUUUUAAAGUCCACCAUAAUGCUAGAUAAUAUUAACCUCCAUACAGAACCCUUAGUUCCCCUGUUUUCUAACAGGGCAAAGAACUGUGAUAAAUCAUGCUUUUUUGGAGCUUGUCUGCUUCUUACCGAUAACAUGUAUUUUGCAAGACAAUAGAGUGAGGUUAGGGGAUCAGUAGAAACAUUUUUACUCCCUCUGUCCUGCAGGGAGAUUUACAAAUCCCAUGCUCUAAAGUGUUCUCAGACUUUUAUUUAAAUUUCCCUUCCAUCUAACCAAAUUUUGCAUUGUUCUUUUCAAGUACAUUUCUCAUUUGAUCUUUUUUUCUGCCUUCUCUCAAAUAGCAACUCCAGAUUUUGUAAUUCCAGUUUUUACAUUCCAUAACUUUCUGGUAUAACCAUUCCUAUUCAGCCUUAAAUCUUAAUCUUUCCUUUUUGGCAGCAGUUUUUUCCCCUGGGAACCUUCUUCAUGAUCUUCUAAAUCAGCAUUAGUUUUGAAAUUGUUGGCUUUGCCUAAGUUCUGCAUAGUGUCUAAUGUUGUCAAAAUAGAACCAACUAGUAAUCACAGCAUGUUUUUAGUAUGGUUUUUGCGGCAACUGUUCUCAGGUUACUAUGCUGAAAUUCCAACACGGCAGAGUUUUGAAUAGCGUUCACUUUGUUCUGGUAUCAAAGCAAUUAUGUUAGGAAAAAAAAGUUGAUUGACUGACUGUUUCUGUUUAAUUGACUUCUAAAAUAAGUGUUCAAAUUGUCUAUUUCUAAAAAGUUUACUAAAUGCCUAGUGCAGUUAGACAUACUCUUGUUUAAGAGGGUGUUGAUAAAUUUUUUUAUUGUCAUUACUAAAUAAUCUUUGUAGCAAAAUGUCUGUCAGCACUUUUCUCUCCCUUUGUAUCUCCUAUUUUCAGGAGUCAAAUGUAGCCAUAAAUUGUAUCCCGUUUUGACACUUUAACUAAAAAUUUCCUGUUAGUGGAGUUUAUUGCCAAAUUAAAUUUGGCUGUCUUUAUUCCCCAUCAAUAGAGAUAGUAAGGAAGGUGUACUUAAAAUGUUUGAACUACUUUAAAACCCGAGCAAUGUCAUUAAUCCAUGACGUGGACUAGUGAUGAAUAGAUAUUUUCAUAAGAGUUUAAAUGCUGAUAUUUGGUGGAAGUAGAGAGUAACUCGGAUUCUAGCAAUUCAAAUGUUCUUAGUAUGGUUGCUUUCCCUAUUGUUCAAUAGACUGAAGAUACUGGAAUCUACAGAGUUUGAGCCUUUACAAUGUAUGUGAAGAAAUGACUCAAACAUUUCUGGACAAAUCUUAUUUUGUAUUUCUGGAAGAAUGUAAACAAACCUUCUAGGCCACUUAAUUAAACCAAUGGCCCCAAGUUGAAUAUUCUUGAGAGAUUUGUUUCCUAUUAUGCCAUUUGACAUUUCAAAUCACUGAUCAUAUUCUAGUAAUGUUUAAAACAACUAAGGUUGUGAUAGAAACUGUUUCCUUGCUUUUUGGAAUAUAGUUCGUACACAUACAAUUACUUGAAUACUAUUGGAGAUCACUAACAUGCCAGGACGGUUCCCACUGACAGAUGGUCCAAUCUAAUCUCAUUCAGGAGGCUUGAAACAUUCAUGGUUUAGUCUUGUGAAUUUUAACAGUUCCCUGUCAUCGUUUUAACAAAGUCAACAACUCGCACAACUUCUUAAGCUGUGGUUUCAGUCUGCUAGCUCAUAUUGCAUGUUUAUUUUGGACAGUCUUCUGUUAAGCAUGGUGCUUGUACUGGUUUAAAUAAAAUGUUAACAUGAAA